GAAAUAAGAAUUGCGCAGGCGCUAAAAACAUUUUCUAAAUUACUUCCUGGAUUAUAUCAACAACAAGCAACUAGUUUCCCAAACAUGCUUCCAAAUGCUACAUUUAUUACUUCCAGGUAUCAUUAUAUCAAAUUAUGAUACUAAAAGAAAAAAAGAAGCUUAUCUUACCUGAUCUUACCUGAAAGAACCUGCAAGUGAAAAAUCACUUCAAAGACUGUGCUAAUUACAAACAAGUGGUUACCAAUGAUAUAGUUUAGCUCCAAUCUAUUAGAAGUGCAGAAGUUUAUGACAUUUAGAUUUUCACAAGUAAAGAAAAUCAAUUAUUGAAGCUUUAAUUUCAACGAGAGUGAAAAUAGAACAAUGCUUCCCCCACUUGCUGUAUUUGAUUAUUUCAGGAAACUGUUUACAUCACUUGAAACAUUGUGUAACAGUUCCAACACAGAGCUGGACCAAACAAAACAAGUCCAUCUCCGUGCUUUAAACUACCUUGGAAUAUCAUAUGCUUUAGGAUACUCUCUAAUGUUAUUUGUGGUCACAUACUUUGUGACAAUUCCAUUUGCCUACGAAGACGGUUCAGGAAAUCGUGAUGAAGAAUCAAUUUCAUCCAUACGUUAUCUAACAAUUUACAUCUAUUUCAAUUUCAUAGCUAAUUAUGUUAUGUUACGGUAUGGAGCAAAGAAAUCAAUCUAUUGUACUCCAAGAGAUUUGCCCCUUUACAGUGCCACAACAAGAGAAGACUGGAAGACAUGCAAACAGUGUAACCAGGAUGUACCAGAAAGAACACAUCAUUGUCCCCUUUGUAAUAUGUGUGUAUUGAAACGUGACCAUCAUUGUUUCUUCGUAGGAUGUUGUGUUGGCUUUCACAACCAGCGAUAUUUUAUUUGUUGUGCUUUCCAUACAUUGCUGUGUUGUGCAUUAUCAUUUUAUUUCAUGAUGACAUAUUUGAGUGCCCACUAUGUUACAUUUCUUGGACCAGAAUUUUUUAAAUACUUUUUACCAUAUGCACUUGUUGUUUGGUUAUUUGGGAGUACCACAUUUGGAAUAUUUUUUUACAUUUUGAUUUUUUAUCUUAAUAUUACCACACUUCUAGCUUCAAUAUUUUUCUUUAUAUGGCAGUUUAAUUUAGUAAAGGGUGGUCAGACAAGUUAUGAGUUUGUUAAAGGAAAGAAAACCUAUCAAACUAAUGUGUUAACUAGUAUUCGAUCAGUGUUUGGUCCAUUCUGGAUUUUGAAUUUCAUUUUUCCAAUGCCAUGUUUUAAGAAUGAAGGAGAUGGAAAAACCUGGAUGAAUGGGAAUACAAAAUAUUUGUGAAACAUCCUGAAGAUGUUGAUAUAAUUAAGAAUCAAAUUUGACAAUGGUCUCAAACAUUGAAAAUUACAUGUGUUCAGAUCUACACAUACAUGUGAUCCUGUUCAGUACUAUAAUUCAUAUCCUUAAUUUUCAUUUUCAUUUUGAGAGAACAUGAACAAUUUGUCAAUCAGUUAUUUUAAUUUAAAAAAAAAUUGAAAUGAUUUUUUAUUUUUGUCUGCUGUGUUUAACAUUAUGUUUAGCUUUAAAAAAUGCAUUUUAUAUAUAUACAAAAUCUAAUUACCUCUAUUGUGAAUAAAAUCGACAUCAGAACUGUAUUUUUUUAAGCUUUAGAAAACCCUUUUAAUAUAUUAUCCCACAAGUGUACAUAUUUUUAAAUUAAAUUAUUAUUCAAAGAAAUCAUUGUUUUGAACCCACAUUGGCCACAUAGCCUCAUACUCAUAUCAUGAUCGCUUGAUACCCCAUAAUCAUACUACACAAAGCUUCAAGCUUGUGUUCUCGUUUAUUCUAUAUAUUAUGUAGUCUUUACAAUUUUUUGACAUUUAUUUUUAGAUUUGUACCAGAGAAACAACUACUUGUAGUAAUGCUGUUAAAAAUCUUGAGGGAAAUUCAGUUUCCCCCUUCCUUAUUGGGACAUUUAAACACCAUGUAAGGAGAUAAUGAGCAAUGUUUGUCACUAAAUAUCUUGAAAUUUUAUUCCUCAGCAUGUUUUCAUUUGAAUGAAAAACAAUUAAAUUAACAACAGAGAAUGCCUUCAAAUUACCUUCAAAAACUUUUAUAAAAAAUUCAGUAGAGUUAUCUCCCAUUUGAAUAAAUAUUCAAAUGUUGCUUUACUGCUUUUACUAUUGUCCUUUAGAAAAUUUACAUCAAUUUUAUUGUUAAGAAACAUGAGAAAGGGAUUGUGCGAACAGACUUCUAUAAUGAAUGAUUGAUUGUAUUAAAUAAAUUUAUGUAUAAUGUUACUCAAAUUGGUUGUAAAAGUUCAUGCCCAUAUACUAAGAUGUUCUUUACAAGUUUGAAUGAUAAUUUGUUGUGUUGAAGAAUAUAUUGUAUUCUAUUUUUGAAUAAAAUCAAGUAU